ACUGCGUCUGUCGAACGUUUAGCAGCGGUGAUGAACUCACAAAUGACCCAUUUUCCUUAAGUUUAGCUUCUUUAUUUCUGCGGACAUCAGACUGUGAACAUAAAUGGAGAUUGAAUGGGAUGAUGAUCCAGUCCCUGAUGGGCCUUUCUUUACCCAAGAUCUUUAUGAAAAAUACUCACUUGCACCUCACAUGAGACAAGUUUGGGCCUUUCUUCAAAGUCCUGCCAAGAACGUCGACAUAAAACAAGAUUGUCACGGGGCUGCAGCGGCUGCCGGCUCUCAGAACUUAAAAGGUGCUGCAAAGUUAAAAGGCAAGAAUUGCAUCAGCAGCGGCCAAGUGCCCUGUUGGGAGAGCUGUGAUAGCGAUGAUUCGUCUUCAGACGGGGACGCUGAGGGGACAGAGGUCUGCGAGAGGGGCAGAAAGUCGAAAAAGACGCCGACCGACACUGAGGCGGAUGUUGCUUAUCCUGAGCCGAGGCAGCCCUUUCCUUGUAUGUCCAGCCUGACCAGUCACGAACAGAAAACACAUGUCGGCUAUUUGAUCAGUAAAAAAAGCAGGAGUCCUUCGCAGAAUUUCCAAACACGAUUAAAUAAUGAAGUGACACAGUUCAUGGUGUACCUGCAAGAUGUGGCUAAAAUAUGCGCUGAUGACUACAACUCCAUAUCACAAGGAGCUGUGCAGUACACAGAGGAAUUAUUUAGAGCUUAUUUAGAGUGGAUUAAGACUCUGCCUCAAUUCUACCAAAUCCAUGAGAUGACCAGUUUGACAGGGGGAACGUUUAAUCCUGGGCUGGAGCUGACCUUCGAGAAGCAGCUGCUAGCAAUGGGCAGCGUGAGCAUAACAGACCACAAGAUAGUGCCUGCUGAUGCGCAGCUUGCAUCGGAUUAUCCCAGUGUUUCAUCAUUGAAUCCUCCAGCUAAAAAAGCCUUGGAUAUGCAUGCUAUGAUCAGUAACGAUGGAAAUGCAGCGAAACUGAGUUCUAUUUACGAACCUCACGUGUGCCUGAACCGAGAUGCUUUGGUGAGGCUGCUGGACAACCACGGCCCUGACUUUGGGGAUCAGUGGGAGCUGCCUGUUGUGGUGAAAGUAAACACAGGGAAAG